CUGAUUUUGAGAACUUGUUUAUAUCAGCUCUAAUAUUUGUAUGCAUAUCUAAGAAAUUAUAAGUUUGACAUAUACACGAAUGAACUUUCAGCAGGCAUGCCUUCGCAUAGACUCCUUAGUAAUUAUAUCGACUUCUGACGUUUAUUCAGCUGGACGCUGUUAUCCAAUCGGAAACUUCGAUACGACUUAAUUUUUGUUAUUGAAGCUGUCGAUCCGAUAACCUCUUCCGAACACAAACGUCAGAAGUCACUAUAAAUAUAUAGGAGAAUAACUUCUUUGCAAUGUGAGCUGACGUGACGGUAGAAGCUAUGGUGUAAUACUUGAUCUUAAAAAAUCACGUUGAUACUUUGUAGGAGUUCGCGUAGAUUGUAGUGAAUUUUCUUCGCUCGUAACGUUCGAUAUAUAAUACGCAGUUGGAGUGUCAUCUCAGGAAAGAAUAGGGAGCGAUAUUGCAAACGUACAUUAGCGUUACAUUUGAAUUCCAGAUGGCAGACGAAGAAUCAAAUGGAUUUCUGUUGGGAGACGUGACGACUAGUCUUCUUCAAGAAUAUAGCAUUGCUGAAAAUCUGGAUGUGGAUGGAGAUCACUCUAGUGCAAGUGAACGACCAACCUUGAGAGAUGCCUUUUCUCGCUAUGCAAAGGUGAUAUUCCAUGACAUAGCAGAUUCAUACCCAACUGAUGCAGAUGUACAGUGCUUUUUUUCUCUAACUUUGGAUAUGAAACGCAAAGAAGGUGAUUUUGUGGGAUUAUUUCGUCUUGGGUGGCGUAGUCCCUCUGAUAUCAUAACAUCCCAACUUGUUCCCAAACCAACUAGUGAAGAUCAGUGUGAUUUUCAAGUGUGCUUUCGAGCUAGUGAUUUGCCCAAAGAAGAAGGCGAAAUUUAUCAACUGUGUUAUAUCUCAGAGAAUGAAGUUUGGGGAGCUUCUGUGCCAUUUGAAUUCAGGCGUGCUACUGCUGAGGAACUGUUGGUGGUUGAUAGUGGUGACAUAGUAAUUGUUCGGUCACAGUCUGCUGUUGCUGAAGAUUUGAAAUCUCAGUUGGCUCUUGUUCGCCAACAGUUAUUGGCAACUGAAGCAUGUAAUGUAGAAAUAAAGAAAAACAUGGAGCAGCUUCUUCAAGAAAAUGAGAGACUACAUGAACGCCUGGAAGAUUUGGAUAGAGUGGAAAAAUUGCUGAGUAGACUUAGAGCAGAUAAUCUGGAAUUAGAUAAAGCUCGUAAUAUUUCUGAAGAGGCUGUUCGCAAUGCUGACUUGCACAUCGGAUCUUUGAACAGUGUGAUUUCAGCUCUACAUAAGAUUAGAUAUUUCUAUGCUGAGGUGCAGAGCAAGCAAGUUAGUAGUCAGGCUGAAGAAAUUGCAAAAUAUAGAGGCAUGGCUGAAAAUGCCGCUGCACAGCGAGGAUGCACCCAGGAUCUAAUUGAUGCUCUUCGGGAGGGAAAAGAACUUGCAGUGAGAGAAAUGCGUGUCGCCCUGGCAGAGAAUGACAAAAUGCGGUCCGAAUUGAAGGUAGCUACUGAUGAGAAAGAAGAAUUGACUAACCAGUUGGAAGUUGUCACCAAAAAGUAUGAAGCUGCUCUAGAAAAUCAAGAAAAGAAUGAGAAAGCAUAUAUGAAGCGCAUUGAAGAUCUGCUUGUGCAACUUACUAAAUUAUCAAGUGAUUCACAACAACGCCUAUUCGAAGCUAAAACAGAAACUGAGCUCUUUCAAAAGAGAGUGAACGUUCUUCAAGAUGAGCUUCAACAGAAAAAGCAGCAUCUGGAAAUAUUAGCAGCAAGUACAGCAGUAUCAGAUUGUUCAACAUCUAAUGAUAAUCUGAUCUCCAAUAGUUUUGUGCAGAUUCCUGUGCCAGCACAGAAUCCAGGUGUUGAGUUGCAGUCUUCAGCACAACAAAUGGUUGGGGCUCAAGAUGCACUGUUUAAAGACUUGAAGAAGCGUCUUGAAGAUGUUCAGAAUCGUACCAAAGAGGUGUGUAAUGAGAUUGAAGAAUUACGUGCUGAAAUGAAAGUGCUUCAGCAGACAAAACAAGGUCUCAUUGAAAGUAAGGAACGCUUAGCAAACCGAAUUCAUCAACUGCAAAGCCAAAUAACUGACGCUGAAGGUUGUGGUAACUCAGAAGAAGCUUCUUUACACCACAGAGAAUUGGAAACAGCAGAAAUGAAGAUGCAAGAAAAGGAUAUCUGCCUAGAAAGUGCAUGUCAGCGUCGGGAUGAAUUGGAGAAACAACUGAGUGAACUGCAAGAGUUUAAAGAUGUUCUAGACCAACAAAAAACUGAAACAAUUGAGGCUCUUUCAAAACUUGGUUCUGAAGAAAUGGUGGUAGCAAACGAGGCCUUUCGUGGAGAGACUGCAACACAAGCAAGUGAUGGUCUUCCAGAGUUGGCAAUGAAAACACCAGGAGAAUUGGAGGUUCUUGAUUUACGAGAAAGGCUUCGACAGGCUGCUGAGGCUUACAAGCUUCUUUAUCAGCAGAAGUUGCGAGCAGAACAGGAACUUGCUCGUGAACAGAUGCAGUGGCUUCGUCUAGAAAGGUCUGAGCAGUGAAUGACUGCACUAUGGCUUGUGCCUACUACCACAAUGAGUAUUAAAAGUUAGAAAACAUCCUUGUGUUGGUGUGGGAGUCUUCAUGAAUGUGGAGUGCGUAAAUACAUUUAAGUUCUUUAAGUUGUUGACAUUGGGUUACAGUGUUUGAAGGCCAGUAGUAGUUGAUCAUUUCUUGGGUUGAUAGGAAAGUUUUAAAAUGAGAAUAUCAGAUGGCUUGGAGGAAUGAUGAGCAAGAAAUGAUUAAGCAGUUUGUACAACCUGUGGUCUUGGCAUUUAUACAUUUUUCUUACUCCAUGUUGUUUCGUGUUCUGGCUCUACACAAGUGUACAUAAUUGUUAUUCCUUCCUGUGCGAGUGCAAGGUAUAUUUUCUUCAUUAAAUUCUUCCACGUGCAUUUCUACUAUUUAGGUAUACUGUUUUAUUUGAAAUAUAUUCAGUGUUUCUUAGUUUAGUGAUAUCUAUAUUUUAGUAUUUUGGCAUUUUUUAGUCACCUGUUAUUACUUGUAUUUAUGUAUCUUAUUGUUCUAUACGUUCAAUAUGAAAAACACGUUAUUGGUAAUGUAUAGAAUGGGUUAAUGUUUCUUAAUGAUUAAAAACAUUCAACAUCAUUUGUGAGUGAUUUGGGCUUCAUUCAACAUAAUUUUCAUCCUAUGUUGUUGAAUUGGCAUACAUUUUUAGGAGUGUUGGAAGGUAUAGUAAUGAGAAAUGUUCGCUAUGGUUUUGAAUCUUUGGAUUGAAUAUGUAAAUAAAUAAAUAAUACAAUGAACAUCCACAGCACAAUUCAAACAUGUUACUACAUCUAAUUUUUUUAAUUAUAAUUUGUUAUUUUCAUUGGAUUAAUCUUGCAGUAAUUGCUUUUAUUUACUACGCUCUGCAUCUAUUUUUUUAUUUCAAUGUCAAGAAUUUGUUUCGUAGGUGUGUGUGAUUUUGAAUUUGCUUGAAAUGCAGGGAAUUUUUAUUUUGGUUUCAUUCUCCAUCUACUCACUCUCAUCACUUGGCUAUUUGUUCUGUUUACCUUCUACUACUACUUAUUUCUGUGUAUUUUCAUUCUUUUCUCAGGUGGUUGAUGUCAGCAUCUCUCUAGUCAUGCAUUUGUGCAGAUGUCUUAAUAAUGGCUAUUUUAUCUUGAUUUUUUUAUAAAGAUAUAAUUUUAUUCCAAAUUUGGAGAUUAAAUCUAUUCAGAAUUCCAAUUCUAUAGUCAACGCUUUUGGGUUUUGAAUCAUUCCAUAUCUUGAAAAGAAAGGCAACAACAUAAUACCUAACACCAGCUUAAAGAAAUAGCAACAGAUUUGCCUGUUAUGAUUAGUAUAUAGCUUAAAAUUAUGAGAAUUAUUUAGAUGUAUUAACAUUUAUAUAUGUAGUAGUUACACUUAGAGCUUAUGCCAUCAGUUGCAAAUUCUUCUGCCAUAUUUUAUUGUCCCUCCACGCGUCUUCAUUCAUGUUUCUCGCCCUCAUAGAUUCAAAUAUCUGGUCUUUCCAUUUUACAUGUGGUCCCUUUUUUCCUUCUUUUUAUUGGAAUCAAUUUGCAAAGUUUCAGAGGUAGUCUUUGUCUCUACAUUCUCCUUAGAUACCCAUACCUCUUAGAUAACAUAGCACUUGCUGUUUUUCAAUCUCACCAGUCAGACUUUCUUUUACAUUUACUCUCUUUUACUACGUCUGGUCUUAUUCAAUCUUGGAGGGGGAGCCUGCAGCUUCGUCUCCAAAAGCUAUUUGCUACCGCAUUUAUUCUGUUUUUCAUAUUUUUGUUUAAAGUCCAGACUUCCGCUCCAUAUAUUGUACAACUUUCAACCAGUGAUUUAAAUAUGUUUCUUUGUUUGUAUUCUCAGGUUUUGGCUCCAUAAUGUAAUUUUGAGACUAUAGUUCGCCCUCUUGUUAUUUUUUGUAUGAUAUCACAAUCAUCUGUAUUUUCUUGUGUUAAUGUCACUUCAAGAUAUUUGUAUUUAGAAGUAUUCUUUAUUAUAUUCCCUUUCAAUAUUUAAAUCUUGUCCCUCACAUCCUAGUACCAUGUAUUCAGUUUUUGCUGUGUUCAUUUCUGGACCCCAUUCUUCAUACUCUUCCACAAGCUUUCUAGUCAUAUAGAUAAUAUCAUCUUCAUCAAACACAACUUGGUCAGCAGCAAACAGUAAAGUAAAAAUAUUUUCUGAUCCAAUUUGGACUCCCAUUUUUCUACAUUUUCUUGACCAAUUUCUUGAAGCUGUAUUUAAAUUUAUUUUAAACAAAGUGGGUGCCAAACAGCAAUUGUGUUUUAACCCCUUAUUCACUGGGAAGAAUUCCAAAAAAUCUUAUUCUCUGUUCUUUACACAGCUCAUCAUAAAAGUGUUUAACCACGUUUAUGUGCUUUGGGUUGAUAUCAUUUUCAGCCAUUGCCUCCCACAUUUUCUUCACUGGCACACUGUCAUAAGCUUUCUUUAAAUCUACAAAAAGCCAGUGGAGUUAACUGCCAUGAACUAAGGUCUUUUUCCAUUGAUUGUUUUAUACAAAAUAAGUUAUCUAUAGAGGAAUGUCCUGCUCUAAAACCUCAUGUUCGUCUAUUUUAUCUCUACUUCAAUUUUCUUUUGCAAAACUCGUCCAGUCUACUUGUAGAUGUAACACUAAUUCCCCUGAAAUUUGUGUAUUGUUUAUUUCCUUUUUUAUAAAUGAAACUUAUAUAAACAAUUUUUCACUCUUCUGGAAUCUGUUCUCCAUUCAGGCACUUUUAUACAUUUCCAUAAGAUAUUCUAUUUCUACAUCUGGUGCAUUUUUUAAUACCUCCAAGACCAAGUGAUUUGUUAUUUUUUAUUACUUUUAGUUCCUGUUUCACUUCAACUAAAAUCUUUAUCUGUAUAUUAUUUAAGUCUUUGUUUUGGUUAUACUCCACAUUACAAAAUUGUUGGCAGUUUUCUGUAAGUAACUCUUUGUAGUACUCUUUCUAUUUCAAUUGUUCAAUUGGAUCUUUUGUCAAUUUUUCUUUCUUAUUUGUAUUUAAUGUCCUUAUAAUUUUCCAAGCUACUCUUCCUCUAGAGCUACCUAACAAACUAUUUCCAUACAUUUCUGUUCCCAAAAUUAUAUUUGGAUGACCUUUUUUUUAUUAUUCUACUAUUUCCUUUAAUUUUUUCUUUAAUUUUCUACUACCUUCUACUAUUUAAUUUUUCAUUCCACCAAAUAUUUAUAUUUGUUUAAUUUUUUACCUAUUUCUCUCCCAAAGCUUCUUUUUUAGCUGCUUGAUGUAUAUUUAUCUUCAUCGUUCAUACAUUUGUUCAGGAUUUCUCUUGUGUGUGCUCUUCAUUUUCUCUGCCAAUCUUGUAUAGUAGAAAAAUGCCAUUGGUUUAUCUUUAAGACCCUCUAGGUUGUAUUUUGGGUCCAUCCUGUGAUCUUGCUUUCCUUCAUUUUUCUUUUUUCUAUAAUGACAGUACGUCAAAUGUGCACUAGCUUUCAGUAGAUGGUGGGCUGUUCCACAGAUGGCUCCUAGUUUUACUCUUACAUCGAUGAUUUUUAUUGUAGUGUGUUGUCUGGAGACUAGAUACUCUAUUACAGACUUCAAUCCCGUUGCAUCUUGAAACCAAGUAAACUUGUGGAUUUCCUUAUGCUGGAAAAAUCCAUUUUGUACUCUUAAGAAGUAUUCCUGACAUAUUUCUAUUAAUCUAAUGCCAUUGUCAUUUAAUACAUCCUCUCCAUAUUUUCCUAUCGCAUUAUCAUUUUCUUUAGUUGCUACUCGUCCAUUAAAAUAUCCAAAGAGUAAAAUUUCUUUCCUGUUACCUAUUUUAUCCAAUGUUUCUGUCAUACAAUCGAAGAAAUCUUCUUUUUAUCUCUGGUUAAAUCAUCCAUUUGUAUAUCCUAUCCUCUGGUUGUUUAUCCCAAUUAUUACUAAAAUAUGCCCAAAUAUCUGUGUUUCUAGGGUAAUAAUUCUUUCAUUUAUGUAUGCCCAGUCUAUUAUAUUACUUUUUCGGCUAUGGAGACACCAGCCCUUGCUCUUUUUUCCUUCUCCGUUCUUUUGUGUCUCGCUCAGCACUGCUAUGUGCAAAUUGUGAAGAGAAAGCUCUUUAAAAACAUCUCUUUUUUUUGUUCUUAUGCCUUGAAUGUUCCCACAUCCAAUAUUCAAGUACUGUUUCCUUUGCGGGAUUCGUCAUAAAUUUUUCUUUUCCAUUUCUAGGUGAAACCGAAUUUUUUUGCAAGUUCAUGUUUUUUCUGCAUAGUGAGGUGCAGGCAUAUUGCUCCAACCCCCAAUCUGGAGGGCCGAGAUUUGUGGAGGCCUCCUUUGUUCAGGGUGACUCUGAUCUCUUCACCGUCCCUAGUGUGCAUAUCUACAAACCCUGCCACUCUCCACCUGCCCAGUGGCUGAGCCUUUCCCCGGGUUAACAUUAAUAAUGUAAAAUAUAGAAUUUUAUCUAUUAUAUUCCUUCUCUUGCUUUGAAAAAUAUUUUUGUAAAUUUGUAUAUUGAAAGUGUCCCUUUUGCAUUAAUGACUGGUGCUAUUAUAGUUUGAUAACGUGACAUGGAAAGUAAGCCUUUUCACUUUUUUAUUUACUUUGCAUAAUACUGUUUUGUGCAGUUUUGUCAAUCAUGCACUCUGCUUACUGUGACAUUAUCAUUGGAAUUUUGUGAUAUAACUUAUGUGAAAUCAAUGUUUUAUAGUUUUCAUUAUUAUUGUUGGUAUCUUGAUGCCUCUACCUUUGAAAGUCUUCUUUUUUGUAAUUAGUAGAAAGUAUUUUACUGGAAGUAAUCAAAGUUAAAAGGAAUAGAAUGGUGGAUGGAAAUAUUUCUUGAUGCCAAUUCAUCAUUAACUUUUUUCUUCUUUCUUCGUAUUCUUGUUAGCUCGACAGGUUUGAAGUUUGAUUGAAUAGAAACUUAUUAUAACAUAGUGCCACUACACAGAUUGAUUACCAUUGGUAAAAUGAAUUUUUAGCAAUAUCUCAACAUAUCUUCUCAGGGCAUAGCCGUUUUCAUGGUGGUUGGAUGUAAUAAUUAAGCUGCCUAUGAAAAAAUUAAGUGUAGAUGAAAUUUAUCCUGUAAUUAAUUUUAACAUGUGAUAAAUGCAUAACAAAUAUAAAUCAAAUACCUCAUGCAAGAUGCUUCUCUGUGGUGAUUUCUCCAGGCCUACUACACUUGCUGUGAAUUAUGUAUUUCACUGUACGUGAAGUAUUUCACUGCAUAAAAUGUUUAUUUAUUCCAACAUUUAUUUUUACAAAAAAAAAUUCUCCAACUUCACAAAUGUUAUCAAAAUUACAGAAAACAUAAAUCAUAAAAUGUAUAAAAUACCAUUUGUACGGUGGAAAUCAGAAGUUUCUGGAGGAUUCAUUCAAGCUUAUCUUCCCAGAGGGCUUUAGCAUGAAUGUGAAAACACCAUUAUUUAAUGUGCUCACAGGUUUUCCCCAUUGGCAAGGUAUGACAUUUUGUAAUUUUGGCAUUUUGGUGAAGUCACAGUAUGUGUCAAGUAUCCAGACCUAUGUUUAUGAAGUUUCUUGCAGAUGGGGAUAUUCAAAAUAAUAAUCUGACAUUUUUCUCUCCUGUUGACACUGCUAAUUUUUCUCAUAUUAUUUCUCCACUUUAAUUCCAAUAAAUCUUCUUAGCAACCUAAUGGCCAUAUAUGUAAGAUGGAAUUCAAAUUUGAUGUGGGAGGGAAACUAAAAUUCGUUGGAUUGCAGUCAAUAUGAUAAAAAAUAUUCUAAUUGUCAUAAGCUGAAUUUGUGGGAAAACAUUAUUUACUAAAUCCAGCUGAAAUCCAAACAUUUUUAUUGGCCUUGCCUUUUACUUUCAAAAGAACUUUGAUAUUUGGUGCUUACUUCGACAGAGACCCUUCUAAACAUAACUAGACCCCAUGAAGUGCCUUGUUUAAACUUUGCUUCUUUGGUAACUUCAGUUGUUGGAUUUUAUAACAAAGGACUAGAUCAGCCAUUCUGCACUGGCAAAUGCUCUUUGAAUUCAUCUGAACCAAAUGUUUCUUGUUUCAACUUCGCUAUGACAUCACCUUUAAGUUGUUGUUGUUGUUGUUGGGUUUUUUUUUUUUGAUCAAUUGGACCCUGAUAACUCGACUAAAACAUGGUAAAAUACCCAAGAAUCAGGACAUCUUGCAGUUUUACUUGCAAGUUCUUACUGAGUGACAGUUUGAAUGGCACGUUUCACCAGGCAUGGCCAGAAACCAUUGACCAUCCAAGAUUCUCCAAAUACAGCAUUAAGCAAGAGUGUGUAUCACCUUGCAUAAAGCAAUGUAACACUGUUGUCAGUUGACUCCCUGUGAGCGGAUGGAGAGCUCUCAAUUUGACGCAUUAAUUUAACAAAUCCUUUGGAUGAUUCUCGUUGUUUUACAAAUAUUUCUCACCUGUUUCGUAACUAAUAUUGUGGAAAUAUGAUUAUGAAUUGAUUUAUUAUCCAAUUCGUAAUUAAAAUAUUUAAAACUAAAUAUUAAUUUGCUUGGUCAUCGCAUAAUUUAUUGAUGACUGGACACCUCGCUACUGAUUUCCUCCCAAUGACCACAUGCAAGUCUUCUUGUUGCAUGGUGAAAAUAUUGAUAAUGUUCAAGCACGCUGGCAAAGCAUGAAGAAAUUAGUCACUGAUACUUUUUGUUGUGUUUUCAUAUUGCACUUCUAACAUUAGUGUCCAUCACUUGUGUCCACAACAUUUUCAAACAUGCACUGUGUCAAACAAUUAUUUUCGAAGUUUGAAACGUUUUUUUGAAAAUGUAUGUAUUUUAUCUAUCUAAAUAAUAACAGUAAUGAGUGCGUUAAAUUAUGUUCAAACUUAGGUCUCAAAAUCUCAAGAUUGUGUUAGAAAAUGCUCUUGGCGGAAUUUAAAAAAAUGUGAAAGCGUCCUACAUUCAUCAUUCCAAUUGAUCAGAAUAUUUUAUUUAUUAAUAUUUCUUAGUUCCUAACAGUUGAAGUUAUUUCACUUAUCAGAGGGCGCUGCAACAAUCAUGUAUUGGUUUGUAUGUUCUAGGAACAAUGUCUAUAUAAAAUCUAUGUAUUUUGAAUCCUUUAAUUUUGUAGAUUCUCAAGACUGAUAGAAAAUAUCAACACAUAUUGGAAUAAAAUAGUGUAGAAUAAAGAGUUACUGGCAGCUGGUUGAAGUUCUGUUAUGGCUUGAUUGUAAUUUGUCAGUUUUUGUACAUUACCAUAAUGCCCUUAUGAGAUGCAUGCACACAUUUCUCUAAAUUGGCUAUUAGAAAUACACUGUCUAGAAAACCCUAACUUUUUGAAUUGUUUUUGCAAGCAAAUACUACUUUGAAUAGAUACUCUUAAUGUACAUUUUUGGAGUUCUUUCAUAAUUUUAGAUACAAUUACUGUAAGUGAGAGAAAAUUUACUAUACAUGUUAUUAGAUGGGACUCUAAUAUGGAAUCUGAUGUUCAGUAGCCAACGAUAGUGUUCUUUAAGUUUGUUUUGUUGAUACUGUAAAGUAAGAGCUAAUAUUAGUUAGUAUUAUACUGGUAGUAUUUUUAUGAUCAGUUCUUGAAUUUACACUAGAACAACCAGAUUUGUUCUAGUGUAAAUUUAACUAUCCAUUCGUUUUUUGGCUGAGAAAAAUUAAAACAAGAGAUUCUAUUUGCUUUGCACUAUAUAUGUAUAUUUUACUUGUAAUUUUGACGAUAUUUGUUUCAUCCAGCUUAACAUUUGAAUUAUCAAUGCAUCAUAUCUGAUAGAAAAGGAUGGAUCGAUUUUUCUUUUCUUUUCCUUUCCCAAGAAACGGUUCAUUUUUAUCUUUAAAAACUAAUACGAACAAAUUUAUAUAAUUUGUAUUUAUGGCAAGAGACUAUAUAUUGUGUAGUUUCACAUAGAACAUUCUUGGGUGGAAUUGAAGAAAACUACUGCAUAAAACUGCAUAUUCAUAAAUGUAAUAUAACAUGGAAAUAUAUUUGGGUAAUUGUGCUGAUGUCUACGAGCCUGUUACUAAACUGUGUGUGCAGUUUUGUCAGCUGCAUGUAAACACUUGUGCACAGAGAAAUUUAACCCUUAUUUACAAUUUCCUGCAAAAAAUGGGUUGGAAUAUUUGCAUUAAAGACACUGAAAACACAAUUUACAACUACGACCUAAAAGAAAAAUAUUUCAGAAAUGAGAGAUUGGUUUAUAUGCAAAGAAAUGUGGGGUUCAGUCUUCUCUAUUUCUAUUUUUACAUGCAUUUCAUUGACAAAGUAAAAGGUGUUGAAAUGUUUUUGUGGUGAAAAGAAUGUUUUCAGAAAGAGCUAAUAAAACUUGGAUGUAGAAAAAAAAAGGUUGUCUUUGAUGUAUGUAAACAUUAUAAACAUGUUGAUUUUGUCACCUAGAAAAUCUUAUUUUUAUAACUUGGAAGUAUUAGUUGGUAGUUCACGUAACAGUGUUUUUCUGUGAUUACAAAAAUUAUCUCUUUUCAUAAUUUUUACUGAGUGAUAACGUGUGCCACUGUCUGGAUGAUACAGUUUGUAAUGUAAACUGUAGAGAUCUGCAUGUAUGCAUAGGUCAUGUAUUCACUUUUAGAAAUAAAUGGUGCUUUUGAAUAAUUCUGUUUA